UAAUUCCUUUAGCAUCAGUUUUUUUAACAUAUCUAAGAGCCGAAUCACACGAGGGAGAUAUGAUAGAGACUAUGGAAGAGAAGGCAAUACAGGAGAUCAAACAACUGUUACAACUUGUAGAUCAGAAACUUAGCUCAAUUCCUUCAUCACCAAUGAAACAUGACCUCAUACAUGAGAUCAAACAAUGGUCUGAUGAGAAAAAAGAGUCUGAAUCGAUGGAGCAAGUCGUGAAUCCAUAUGAAGUAUCAGCCAAAGACGGCGGUAAAAUCGACUACGACAAGAUUGUGGAAAAGUUUGGCUGCAAGAGAGUCGACCAGUCCCUGAUCGAUCGUGUUCAUAGACUAACUUCUCGCGAUCCGCACGUUUUCCUCCGCCGUGGCGUCUUCUUCGCACACAGGGAUUUCAAUGAGAUUCUGGAUUCAUUCGAGAGAGGAGACAAGUUCUAUCUCUACACAGGAAGAGGACCUUCAUCAGAAGCUUUGCAUCUAGGGCACUUGAUACCUUUCAUGUUUACCAAAUACCUGCAAGAAGCUUUCAAGGUUCCUGUUGUUAUACAGCUUACGGAUGAUGAAAAGUUCAUGUGGAGUAAGACCUUAAAAGUGGAGGAUACUAAAAGACUUGCCAGGGAAAAUAUCAAAGAUAUAAUUGCUUGCGGAUUUGAUGUAGAAAAGACAUUUAUUUUCUCGAACAUCGAGCAUGCUGGUACAUUCUAUGAAAAUACGUUGAAGAUUGGAAAGUGCGUAACAGUUAAUAAGGCUAACGCAAUCUUUGGCUUUGCUGGCGAAGAUCCUGUUGGAAAAAUGGGUUUCCCUCCUGUGCAGGCAGCUCCAUCUUUUGCUAGCUCGUUCCAACACUUGUUCCUUGGAAAGGACAAUAAUCUCCGUUGCUUGAUUCCUUGUGCUAUUGACCAAGAUCCAUAUUUUCGAAUGACUCGAGAUGUUGCACCUCGGUUAGAUUAUAGCAAGCCUGCUCUAAUUGAGUCAAAAUUCUUGCCUUCUCUGAAGGGAGUGAACGGAAAAAUGUCGGCGAGUAAUCCUAACUCAGCCAUAUACGUAACGGAUACCACCAAGGACAUUAAGAAAAAGGUUAACAGUGCGUUUAGUGGUGGGAAAGACAACUCGACGGAACAAGAAAAUGCUGGAGCAGAUCUGGAGGUAGACAUACCGUUCAAGUACUUGAGUUUCUUCCUAGAUGAUGAUGCUGAACUUGAACACAUAAAGAAGGAAUAUGGAGAAGGAAGAAUGCUAUCUGGACCGGUUAAGCAACGACUCACUGAAGUUUUGACAGAAGUAGUUGAGAAACACCGCAAGGCUCGAGCUGCUGUUACUGAUGAAAUGGUGAACGCGUUUAUGGCCGUGAGACCUCUACCAAAGAUGUUCGACUAGAGCCCAUAAGCCAGAAGAAACCCCUCUUUGGCUGGCUGUUCUGCAACUUCAUAUUGGAGCUUUAAUAUAAUGUUUAGUCUCCUCAUCUCUUUAUUAAUAACUUUUGUGAACAACCAAACAGUUUGUGAUAAUCAAUGAAACAACUCUUGUUCCUAAUA